CCUGAUGUUCUGCGCGGACUCGAUGAGUCGCAAAUUGGAACAACUUCCAAGAUGAGCUUCGCUUCCCAUGAAGCCGUGAAGACACUUGGGAUCAGUUGGGUUCCACAAGAAGAUUGGUUGCUAUUUGAAGGAUUGUGUCAACCUGAUACCGAUGUCAUCACAAAGCGAUCUGUACUUUCCACCAUCGCUAAAAUGUAUGAUCCGCUGGGAAUGAUAGCUCCGAUAGUCAUUCGGGCAAAGAUGAUAAUGCAGGAAAUAUGGACGUACUCGUGUGAUUGGGAUGAUGCCCUGCCAGCAGGCAUCGUUAGUAAGUGGAAGCAGCUUCAACAGGAGAUCCAAUCCCUUUCACAGUACCGUAUGGAAAGAUACGUAUUGGUUCCCGGCGCACGUAAGAUUGAGCUGCACACCUUUUCCGAUGCUUCAACAGUAGCUUAUGGUGCAUGCACGUAUGUACGGUGUGAAGAGCCGGGACGAGCUCGGGUGAUGCUUCUAGCAUCUAAGAGUAAGGUAGCACCCUUAAAGCAACUAACGGUUGCCAGACUAGAGUUAUGUGCCUGCGUCCUUGCAGCACAUUUGCACCAUCGAAUAAAAAGGGCGAUUGCUACGAACAUUGAUGCGUCAUGGUUUUGGACCGAUUCAGCUAUCUGCACGGCGUGGAUUAGGGCGCCUCCAACCACGUGGAAAACGUUUGUCGCCAACCGUGUGGCUGAGAUACAGCAUUUUACGAGUGACGCAAAGUGGCGACACAUAGCUGGAGUCGAAAAUCCCGCAGAUCUGGUGUCACGCGGGAUGGAAGUGUUGGAAUUCAACAACAGCAUGGCAUGGAGACAUGGGCCAGCAUGGUUGGCGAAACCAGAGGAUGUUUGGCCUAUGUCUGAUCCAACGGAGCCUUCUGAGGCAAUUCAAGAGAAGAAGGUCUUAACAGCCGCCGUUGCGACGUGUACCAACGAGCUGUUCUUGCGUUGGUCAUCAUUCACUCGCCUGGUAAAUGUCGUAGGUUAUUGUCGACGUUUCAUUGCCAUGGUGCCACAUCUGCGGCGCAUAAGACGUGAAGGAGCCAUGCAUUCCAACGAAGGCAAUGCGCAUUCCAGUAAUUCCGCAUCUCCGAAGGUGUUGAGCGUUCUUGAGCGAGCAGCAGCGGAAGACGCUUUAUUAAGGCUUGCUCAGCGUGAGUCUUUCGCGGAAGAGUUGAGUGAUCUGCAAACGGGGAAACAAAUUAGAAGGCAGUCACAGUUACGUCGACUUACCCCAUUUUUGGACAAAAAGGGCAUCAUCGGAGUUGGUGGCCGAUUGAACUUGGCGCAGCUACCCUUUCAGUCGAAGCAUCCCGCGUUGCUGCCAAAGGGCCACCCACUGGCUCGAUUAAUCGCAGAGAGCUACCACAAGUUGCUGCUACAUGGUGGAGGACGUUUGUUGCUGUCAUCCAUAAGGGAAAGAUUUUGGCCCUUGAACGGAAGAAUGUUGGUGAAAGCCGUGGUGAGGAAUUGCAUCCGAUGUAUUCGUCAUCAUCCUACGGCAGCAGAGCAGCAUACUGGUCAACUGCCCUCUGGUAGAUUAGUCCCGAGUCGUCCGUUUGCGGUCACAGGAGUGGAUUACGCAGGCCCAUUGUAUCUAAAGCCUGCGCAUCGGCGGGCUGCAUCGCUGAAGGCAUAUUUGUGUGUCUUUGUGUGUUUCACAACCAAGGCGGUUCAUCUAGAGCUAGUGGGUGAUCUUUCAACCGAAGGGUUUCUCGCUGCUCUACGGAGAUUUACGGCGAGGAGAGGUGUUCCGGAGCACAUCCAUUCGGACAACGUAGGUUCAUCGAUGACGGCGAUACCAGAUCCGGAACUAACGCACGCACACAUAAACACCGAACAGCACUUGACCAAACUUCAACUACUGGUUCAGAAGUUUUGGAAACACUGGCAGAAGGAAUACUUACAAGAACUGCAGAAGGACCCACGCAUCGCUAAGAACGCGGAUAACAUUCAACCGGGGCGAAUGGUUAUCGUAGUGGACGAGCUGCUGCCAACUACUCGCUGGCCGCUUGCACGAGUCGUAGAGGUUCACCCCGGCGCGGAUGGAUUAGUACGCGUAGUCACGUUGCGAACACCUAAGGGAAUUAUAAAACGUCCGAUCACGAAAAUCUGUCCCUUACCAAUAUCCAGUGAAAAUGUAGGAGCAUAAGGAAGUCAGGAAAUUUCACUUGCACAAAGAUUACGAAUCACUUGGUACUUAACACUUUUAUCCGUUUGCGAUACCACGCGGUGUUUUGACAUAGGCGAGCAAGGAUAAGUUUGUUUGUUGAUGGUACAUCAAGGCGAGGAGUAUGUUUACGUUUCGUAUGCGUUACACUCAUUUGACAGUUGAAAUUUAUUAUUCCGAUUAAUGCAGUAUUGUUUUCACCGGGGUAGCGUUACGAACGCAGAGGUUAGUUGUGUUAGUGUAAGGACCGUUAGGGCUAAGAACCAUUGCGAAAAAUCACUGCACUUGUAAUAAAAUACGUACGCCGAACGGUCAAGCGAGAAACCGCGCUCCAGAUUAAUUUUUCACCGUUCCGAAAGAAAACUAAAAUUCACAACGUAGGGAUCGAUCGCGAACACU